AUGGAAGAGGAAAAGUUCAUUAAAGAGGCUGAGAUCUAUUACAAGCUUUCAGAGGAGAUUAAGCAAAGCAAUCCGCUGGUAGCUUAUUUCGUCAACCUCCAUGGUCUCAGGAUGUUAGCCAGGAAUGUUGAUAAAUAAGAAAAUCCCUUUAGAAAGAGUCAAAAAGGCUCUACUAGAAGAAAUGAAACCUACUUUAGAUAUCUCUAAUAAAAACGAAGCAAAGGAGAUUUUUGAAGAAUUUGUGUUCACAGCAUUAGCUUAUGCUGAUAAGAAGGAGAAGGAUAAAUCAGAAAAAGUUACACAGGAAACAGCAAAGAAUUUUGCAACAAUUGCUCUUCUCAUUGAAGUUAUGGAAACCUUCGAAUGACUUAGUGAAGAGUGGCAAGAGAGAAAGCAAUAUUGCAUCUUUAAAGCAGGUCAUAUUCAACAAUGUCUAGCAAAGAAGAAAACUCCUAAGAGAGGAAAUCCUUUUAAAGAGAAAGACUUGAAGAAAGAUCAUCAUCCCUUAAUUCCACUUCCUCAAGACCCUCCUGAUGAAGGAGGUAUCAGAGCUGCUCUACUACCUUCAAAAACCACCCAGUUCCGGAAGCCAUUGGAUUCUUUAAAAGAGCCAGAGGAAAGGAAAUUCAAGGACAAAGACAAAGUGAAUAUUAACAAGGUUGUAGAUUUUUAUGCAUCAACUUUCGGUGAUAUCCCAGGUGGUGACAGCGCAAAUGAUCAUAUUAAUAAAGAUGGAGGAUAUCCUCAAAUAGACUUUUUCGACCAAAAUAUGUCUCAGAGGAGAUCGAAGGGUUUUACUGUUGUCAGUGGUUCAAGAGAUAUGAAUUCUAGGGCAAUUGGUCAUAAGAAGGGGAUUAAAAAUGGAAAAGAAAUUAAGAAAUGAGUCCAAGCAGCUAUGAGCAAUCUCACAUAUUAUAAGCCUGAUCUAGCAAUUGAGGAGUUAGAGAAUGCUCUUGAGAUGCUUAAGGAUGAAUUAUAA